UAACCCGUUAGUAGACGAUGUAGAUCAGAUGUAAAAGCACUGUUAACGCUGUUGUUUUUGUAGUCGUCGAUAUUUCAUAAUAAUAUACAAUAUAAUAAUGUUAUUACAAUAGGAUCACGAUUGUUUAAUUUGUUGGUUUUGUUUGUCUCGUUAUAUUUACAUUCUAAUUCGAUUAUCAGUGUACGUGAUAAGAGCGCAUCUCCAAGUCCCCGUGCUACAUUAGUACCUACCAUAUCGUCGACCAUGCUCCCGUCGAAAGUCUGACCUGAGGCAGUGUAUUUAUAUACAUACAACGGUUUUAUUAAUGGGCGCGGCAGAGGUACCGGAAGAAUUUCCUACGUCCGCGGUCCCGGACGACGGGUCUCCGGGGAGGCGGAACCAGAAGCAGCAGCAUGAUGAGGAGGGGAAGCAACAGCGAGAAGACGAAAAUCAUGACGCCAACGACGAUGAAGAAGUUUUGACCAUCGAACAAGCUCGAAUCGUGAUAAAACAGCUGAGAGACCGAUGCCGUUUCCAGACGCACCAGACGUUGUUGUGGAGGAAAAAAGCCAAAAUGCAGGAAGAACGACUGAUGCAGAUGAGUGCUGAGUACGGGUUUCGGCUUGAGUCGUUGACGUCAGACCUGCUACUGUUCGAGUCUCGGCUUAGUCGCAAGCAGCGGGCCAUCGGCGAGCUGCUUGACCAGCGCGAGGUGGUCAUCGAGCGGCAACAGUACGCCAUCAGGUGUUUGCAUUCCAGGCUCGCCGACUUUGGCGUGACCGCACCGGUGUCUGGAUGCUGUGGAGGCGACGUUGGCGGCGGAGAUGGAGGUCCGACGUCCGACGACGGCAAUGUGGACGACAGCGACAGCGCGGUGAUCAUGGAAGAGGACGAGUCGGGCAACAGCCAAGAGGACGCGUCCGAACAGCCACCGCAUUCGCGGACGGACCGGCGACGGGCGUCGGUGGCUUCGACGGCUGACGGCUCGACGGCUUGUCGUCUGCCGGUGGAAGACGGACGGGAGACAGACGGCCGAGGUGCCGAGAACGAGACCGCAACCACAUAUAACCGGGUGAUGAGUAACCACCGUUCGGUGACCAAACCGAAAGACGUCAAAUACAAGCGCAUCAACAAGGCCAAGUCCAAGUCCCUGGAAGAACUCCGGGGCCGGCUCAAGAACUGGGUGGACCGCGGCCAGCGCAUGUCUCUCACCGUCGACCCGACUUACGGGUGACCAAGGUGGCCGGCCGUCACGAGCCUCCUAGAUAGACUGCGGCCAGCCAGGAAGACCGCGUCCACGACCGGACACGAUGAGUGACUUUGCUCGGCCACUGCAGCCGUACGACUAUUCUUCGCGUGACACCACGUGACACACUUGAAACUACCAAAUCAAUCGUAUCGUCCCAUUUGAAAACAUUAAGAGGACGCUACACGGGCAUUUGUUGUCUCCGUCUUACAAACGUACAUGUCAUAUUUUACGUUCACAAUA